GCUGUACAAAGCCCGUCUCCGAUAUUUAAAAAAGCGGGACCCACAUAAAAGAGGAGUUGUGAUCCGGCGAUGGAUGGAUAGGGGGCUUGUUUACCAUUCAUCUGCAAUCCAUUUAACGGUAAUCGGUCUCUAGCUGCGGCUCUUUCUACCUGCAAACUGAAUAUUGCAGGGAUGGCCAUUGUUACUCCUGGAAAUAUCACAAAUGCCGGAAUAUUAUGUGAAAAGGGAGUGACUUCCUCUGUGGGUAUUUUGGCUCUUCCACAUCUUCGAGCUAGGGCGAGAGCUUUUGAUGGUUUGGUGAGAGGAAAUGCCGUAUGUCAGAGCUUUUAUAUGAAGACAGCAUUCCCUUUUCAGCCAAGAGGAUCUGAAGGCAUAACUUCAAAAAGGGUCAUAUAUACCAUCCCCAGAAGUAGCAAUUCUUCAAACUCCAGUGACAGCAAAGAUGACUCCUCGGAUCAGGCCAAGCAGACACCAUUUGGAUACUCGAGAAAAGAUGUUUUAUUGAUUGGAGUUGGAGUAACUGUUAUUGGUAUUGGCUUGAAAAGUGGAUUAGAGUUUGCUGGAGUUGAUCCCUUACAAGCAGGAAAUGUAGUUCAGCUGGUAUUGGUGCUAGGCUUGACUAUUGGGUGGAUUUCAACUUAUAUAUUUAGAGUUUCAAAUAAGGAGAUGACUUAUGCUCAACAACUACGUGACUAUGAAAACAAAGUCAUGGAGAAGCGGUUAGAAGGUCUGUCAGAAGCAGAACUUGAAGCCUUGCUUGAACAAGUUGAGGAAGAGAAGAGACGCCUGACCAGUGGCGAACAGGUUAAUUGAAGCUCACUUUCCUCAAUGUUUUAUAACCUAAAAAAUUCAACAAGUAUGAAGCUCAACUAGCACUGUAUAGGUAGUGACUUUGUAAAGAACAAUUAUCCCAAAUAUGCCCUCCCAAAAGAAAACAAGGAAAAAAGAAAAAUAAAAAAUAUCAGAAAAGAAGAGAACCAUUCUGUUUUAUUAGUCUGUCA